AUGUCGGAAGCCCAAGACACCACCACACCUGCGACAACGGCCGCUCCUGUAGCUGCGCCAGCGCCGCAGGAACAACAACCUGCUCCCCAGCCUGCUGUUCAGGUCUCGUCGGUCGUGACGCCGUCGGUGACUGCAACGGCGGCUGCUGCCACUGCCGCUGUGGCCAGCCCACCUGUCAACGGCACCGCUACUUCUCCUGCACCUGCGUCCUCAUCAGCCCCGGCUGCUCGUCCUAGUGAGGAACUCACUUGCAUGUGGCAAGGAUGCACUGAAAAGCUGCCCACCCCGGAAUCGCUCUACGAGCAUGUGUGCGAGCGCCAUGUCGGCCGAAAGAGCACGAACAACCUAAACUUGACUUGCCAAUGGGGCAGCUGCCGCACUACCACCGUCAAGCGUGAUCACAUAACCUCCCACAUUCGCGUCCACGUCCCUCUCAAGCCACACAAGUGUGAUUUCUGCGGAAAGGCCUUUAAGCGCCCACAGGAUCUGAAGAAGCAUGUCAAGACCCAUGCUGACGACUCCGUCCUGGUACGCUCGCCGGAACCCGGUUCUCGAAACCCCGACAUCAUGUUUGGAGGAGCUGCCAAGGGAGGCUAUGCUGCAGCUGCUCACUACUUUGAGCCCUCGCUGAACGCCGUCCCUAGCCAGGGCUAUCCUCAUGGCCCUCCCCAGUAUUACCAGGCUCAUCACCCGCCCCAGGCACCUAACCCAUCUUAUGGCAACGUCUACUAUGCCCUGAACACUGGACCUGAGCCUGGCCACGCAUCGUACGAAUCGAAGAAGCGUGGUUACGAUGCCCUGAAUGAAUUCUUCGGAGAUCUCAAGCGCCGGCAAUUUGAUCCAAACUCGUACGCUGCGGUGGGCCAGCGCCUGCUUAGCCUGCAAAAUCUCUCCCUACCUGUUUUGACAACUGCGCCUCUUCCCGAGUAUCAGCCAAUGCCUGCUCCAGUGGCAGUCGCUGGCGGUCAUUACGGUGGCGGCCACCAUGCUGCACCUGCAUACCAUCUCCCACCCAUGACCAACGUGCGAACUAAGAGUGAUCUCAUCAACAUCGACCAGUUUCUGCAACAGAUGCAAGAAACUAUCUAUGAGAAUGAUGACCACGUUGCCGCUGCUGGAGUUGCUCAGCCUGGUGCCCACUACGUUCACGGAGCCAUGAGCUACCGCACCACGCACUCUCCUCCAACACAACUUCCUUCCACCCACGCCACAGCGCCUGCCACUGCUGCUCCUAUCCUUACAAACACAUCUGCCCACUCUCCUUCUGCCAGCACCCCUGCUCUGACACCGCCAUCCAGUGCGCAGUCUUACACGUCGGGUCGCUCGCCCAUCUCGCUACCGUCUGCACACCGUGUUUCGCCACCCCAUGAAAGCGGUGCUGGCAUGUACCCUCGCCUUCCCUCGGCAACUGACGGUAUUGCGGCGGGCUACCCGGCCACCUCAAGUGCCGCCCCACCUUCCACCCUUGGCGGCAUCUUUGACCAUGACGAGCGCCGCAGGUACACUGGAGGUACCUUGCAGCGAGCGCGUCCCGCUUCUCGGGCCGCCUCUGAGUCGAUGGACCUUAGCGAUGACAAAGAGUCGGGCGAGCGUACCCCCAAGCAGAUCUCAGCUAGUCUCAUCGACCCAGCUCUUCACGGAUCUGGGUCUCCCCGUGACGACGAAGCAACCAUGCGGACUGCUCAAGCUGCUACUGAAGUGGCUGAGCGGACUGACGUCCAGUCACAAUGGGUUGAAAAGGCCCGGCUCAUCGAAUAUCUGCGUAAAUAUAUCGCCGAUCGCCUGGAGCGGGGCGAGUUCGAUGAGCUCGAGGACGGCAGUAUCCCGCACUCCCCAGUGUCGAAAGCGAAUGACCGGAUGGAGGGAGUAGAGACUACAUCGCCUCUUCCUCGCCCAGAACGGUCACACACGCCCGUACUCAAGAGCGACGGAGGAGACACUGUCAUGUAUCCGACGCUGCGAGGGUUGGACGAGGACGGAGAUUCCAAGAUGCCUAGCUAG